AGGACCCUACAGGCUAGUGACACUCGCACCAGUGUUUACAGUGAAAGAUAAGUGUGGCAAGAAUAAUCAAACAUCAAACGAUUUAUGCCCGUCGCAUCUGUAUUUGGAAAAUGAUGAAGUCGACAGUUCUGUGACACAACUGAGACUGGAGCCGGUGUUGGCCCAGAACCCACGCGGGUGUGGCCCGGAUCCAGAAUAAGCUAUUAACCGAGACUGGCAGUUGGCACCAAUCAUUGCCUCUUGUGUUCAUCAUUUGAAUGGAGUCCUCACGGAGUCCCGGGGGUCUCUCCCGCGAGUACAAGCUGGUGAUGCUGGGAGAGGGAGGAGUCGGAAAGAGUGCUAUCAUCAUGCAGUUCAUCAGCCACAGGUUUCCAGAGGAUCACGACCCCACCAUAGAGGAUGCAUACAAAACUCAGAUACGCAUCGAUGAUGAGCCUGCCAACCUGGACAUCUUAGAUACAGCUGGACAGGCCGAGUUCACGGCGAUGCGGGACCAGUACAUGCGUGCAGGCGAGGGCUUCAUCAUCUCCUACUCCAUCACCGACCGGCGCAGCUUCCAGGAGGCGCGCCACUUCAAGCAGCUCAUUUACCGCGUGCGCCGCACCGUUGACACGCCUGUCGUGCUCGUCGGCAACAAGUCCGACCUGGCACACCUCCGACAGGUGUCGAUAGAGGAGGGCCGUGAGCUGGCGCGAGAGUUCCAGUGCCCGUUCUUCGAGACGUCGGCGGCUUUCCGCUACUACAUCGACGACGUGUUCCUGGCGCUGGUGCGUCAGAUCCGCCAGCGCGAGGCGGAGGUCGUGCGGGACGGCGAGCGGAAGACACGCCGCAGCCACUCCUUCUGGAGCCGUCUCAAGUCGCCCUUCCACAAGAAACAGCAGUCAGAGCACUGACUGACCCACCCACCCCCGCACGGCCUGAUGGGAUACCGUUGCCCUCCACACGGGGAUGGCUUUACCGUCAGUGUCCCCCAGGAUCUCCAUAGAAAUGCUUCCUUUGAGAGGAGGCCCGUGACUGUUACCUAAUGUAGUAUAGAAGUCCUUGUGAUAACACACUCCCAAUCAUUUCAUUCUUGAUUAGCUGUCAGCCUGUUCGACAGGCGUUAAUAUAAUGUGGCAGAUACGUGCCACAGUAGCUAUAGGCUGACGACAUACUGAUUUGAUAGUUAGUGAUGAUUUCAUUGAAUUGAAAUGGGUGUCAUUUCUUUGUGAAUUUCUUGACUAAGUCCUUUUGUUAGAAGCUGGUGGGACGAGACGAUGGGAGAUAAUGCUGUAACCUCACAUCUAACGGGGAUGUGUAAGUGCUGACUCUGAAGGAAUACACAGAAGGACAGACAGAGAUAGAGAAACAAUUUCUUUAAUGAUGAAGGAAGAAAAUAAAUAUGGAAGGCAAGAGAAAGUAAAGAGUAAGUGAAA